AUGAAUCGUCUUUUGCAUCCGAGGACAUUGACUCGGAUUCAGAAGCAAAAGGUCUCCUCCGGCGGCGGUGGCGGUGGGGGAGUCAAGUUGAUUCUCGGCGUCGCUGCUGGAGCUGCUGGCGGAAAUUGGGUCUACAAGAAUUACGUCAAAGCUCCAGAAUCUAAUGAUCAGAGCUUCUCCAAGUACAUGCCAAAAGCACCAGAACUACCUCCGUUUCUAAAGAACUUGGCAAAAGUUGAGUCGCCAGAAACUUCCACCCAAGCGCCAGCUCCCGAAGUUCGGGAGGCGGCGCGGGAGGAGCUUUCGUCUCAACCAAAAGAGCCUGAACCCGAACCCGAAGUCGUUUUAGCCAAAGAAGAGGAAGCCCCGGCCGCUGAAGAAAUAAUUGAGUCAGUUGUUAUCGAAGAGACGGCAGCUGCUAGCAGUGAAAAGGUUGAGGAGAAAGAAGACCAAGUUGCUGAAGAACGAGUCGAAGAAACUGUUUCUGCUAUCGAAAUUGAACCAUUAGCCGACACAACACCAGAAAACACCGAAACCCUCCCCGAAGAUGCGCCCCUCGCGGAAGAAAUCACUGAAGCCGUCCCUGCUGAGCCAAUUGAGCCGGAAAGCCCAACAGAAAGAAUCCUCAAACUCGCCCAAAAUGCCUCCCGAUCAACAAAAACCGCUGUCGAAGCGCUCAACUCCUCCUCUUCUUCGAUCGAAAACUACAUCGCGACUAAAAGCGGCUCUUCUGUCCGAUGCUGCGCCUGA